CGAGGUUGAUUUCGGUCAGGGCUCGAAACUCACGCGCAGCAGCAGGAUCCAGCCGGAAUGCGUCGAGCGAGUGACGUCAUGCAGGUAAGGAGACACCGCGCGCUCUCUGUGAGGUGUGUCCUUCCUUUCUUUAGAUCGACCAACAACACUUCAGUGACAGGAACAGCAGAGCUCAUACGACGCUCCAAGAGCCGGACUUCUUGCACUUUGGGAAAUACCGAUAAGUUUGAACAACACGAAUUAUGGCUGUCCCUGCAAGUUAUGGGAUCUUGUUAUUUUUCGCGUGUGUAGGCCUGAUUUUUGCAUCGGUGGAGCCAACUAGAGCCAAAUCACGAGGUUUUCUGGUCGUGCAGGAUGAAGAGUCAGGCAAAUUCUUCAUUGAUCCUAUCACUGCAGAUACACUACAGAGCGGUCUCACAACUAUCUUCCUGCCAAUUAUUUAUUUCAUUGUUUUGGCUGUGGGGUUGCCAACCAACGCGAUGGCUAUAUAUGUCUUGCUGUUUAGAUCAAAGAAAAUUCACCCUGCUGCCAUUUACAUGGGCAACCUAGCGCUGGCUGACCUGAUGUUUGUCAUCUGGACGCCUCUCAAGAUCGCUUACCAUUUGAAAGGAAAUAACUGGACUUUUGGUGAAGGGAUGUGCAAAGUUUUGGUAGGUUUCUUCUACGGCAACAUGUACGGCUCCAUCCUCUUCAUCACUUGUCUGAGCAUCCAGCGGUACUGGGUCUGCGCUCACCCACUCACCCAGCAAAGAAAAAACAACAAGUUUGCUAUCAUCGUAUCUGUGUGUAUCUGGAUCUUCAUUUGGGUCAGUACUACACCUUUGUACCUGUACCAGCAAACCGUUGAAGUCUCGGACCUCAACAUCACCACCUGCCACGACGUCAAUCUUGUCAGCAUGGAGAACUUUAAAUCGGGCAAUGUGUUCCUGGAUGUUCAGCUGCCUUAUUAUUAUUUUAUGGUGAUGGCAGGUCUUGUCUUCUUCAUUCCAAUGUUGGUCAUAAUUGCAGCUUAUCUUCUUCUCCUUCGCUCACUUGGGAAAUCCACAAUCGAGGGCAACGCUGGAAAAAGCCGCCAACGAGCCGUGGUUCUCAUCGUAACGGUGCUCAUAACGUUCUUAGUCUGCUUCAUCCCAAGUAACGUGAUGCUGGUCGUGCAUUACGCUCUCCUGCGAAACGGCUGGGCUAAUAACGGCUACGGUUUCUACAUCACGACACUGUGCCUGGCCAGUCUCAACAGCUGCUUGGACCCUUUCAUCUACUAUUACGUCUCAGACGAGUUCAGGGAGCACGUCAAGAACACGUUUCUGUGCCGUAGCAGUCGUACGGUGGAGAGGAUGAGGGUCUCGUUCAGCUCAAUGAAGUACUCUCAAAGGACCAAAACAUAUACUUCCAGCACAGGCAACACGGAAAGCAGCAACUGCUGAGAGCAGAUGGACAUGAUGGACACGAGUUUAUGUAUUUAUCUGUGGAUUUUACUUCAUAUUCAUUCUCGGUGUUCUCCAUUGGUUGAUACUGAAACUGUCCGAGAGCAGAUUGAAGUGAAGAUAUUUUGCUUUAGACACCUUCGAAAACCCCAAAGCUGAAGAAGGUGCCACAAAGAGUUUGAACAGAACAGUCUGUUUCUCUAAAACUCAGGGUCGUGAAGCCAAAGCAGUCUCAUCGUUCUGUUGUUACAUUUAAUAUUGUUCAGAUGGGCUUUGUGAAAUAUUUAAUGUGAAUUUGCCAGCCUGUAAUGGGUAAAAAGUUUUAACUUCAUCUUUUAGCCAGAAUUUGUUCUGUUUUUAAUAUUUUCAUUUUUUUUUUCUUUUGUAUCAAACCUGAUUAGCAACCCCUUUUUUUUUUUUGCUAGUUUAUCACAAUGACUUAUUUUUAUACCUCACUGUAUUAUAUAGCCAUAAUUAGGUCACUAUUCUUGUUUUUCAUGCACGUGUUGGAAUGAUAUUUUUCUAAAUUCAUGCAGAUUUGUUUUCUAAGUUCAACUGUAACUUUAUUCAACUGUAACUUCAUUAUCUCAAAAGUGGCAAUCUAGAGAAUUCCCAGUCAGUUCAGCGUGUGUCUGAAUCUUCAUUCCCGCCUUGUUACAAGGAAAUGCAGCUGUUAACACAAGUAGCCCACUUUACCCCUAAAGGCACAAUACCUUAUGAAUAAAUGUUUUAUUUACUUUGAAAGUUUGUUUUUCUGCUGAAUUGUUAGUUUAAUUAAUAAUUGAGUUCAUUGGAUCACGUGGAGUACAGUACAUUUUGUAUAAGCGAGUCAUAUGUUGUUUGUAGAAACUAUGACAAACCGAGUCAUCAACACAAACCAUGAAACUUAACCUUGUGACGUAACACUUCAUGAUGUUAUCUUUCAGCUGUAAAAUGUUAACAUUCCUUUGGUUGAACAUUUUUAGGAACAUUUGUGGGGACAAAAUGUGCCUCAUUAUGAAACGAGCAAUUGAGCAGAGUGAAUUUGUGUAAGAUUAAAUUGCUUUGGAUGUAAAAAAGAAUCUGCUAAAUGUAAAUGCAAAACCGUUUACAAUGAUUUACAAAAAUUGAUUCUGCUUUUGUUUUAAUGAAUAGAGCACUUUGAAAUGUC